CAUUUGGGUGGCUGAAAACUCCAAGCUGCGUCGCGAGUCUCUCUCUCACCCGCGAACUUUUGUCCUCUCCAACAACGCCUUCCUGACAGCGAUUGCAUCGUCGCCACGGAGCAGGACAGUCGUGCAAGUCUUUUAGAUGCGGAUGCGAUCGUCUGGAUCCGCCGCAGAGGAAGAAGGCGUUGAUUCAGAUUCGAAUGCCGACGUGAUCACAUCCUCCAACGAAGCAGGGGGCAGCUCCAAAUCCGACGAGUCGACAUCGAAGACAGAGUCCAGGAAUCUUCAGACGACCGCACGACCUUCGACGACGCAACCCACCUCGCACGAGCUCGACCGCCGGAAAAGCACCGACAAGAAGGCCUCGACCGCCAGAAUCCGACGUCCAAGCAAUACCAACUGGAAAUUGACAGAAUCGCGAAAUGGCCACUUAGAAAAGAAUCGACCUGCAGAUCUGGAUAUCAUCAGUGUGCCCUCGAAAGAGGCCAUUGCCGCCGAUAAGAUGCCCGAUUCCCGCCCAAAUGCUCGCCGAUCGAGACUGCGGAGUCCGUGGUCCUGUUCCCCCCUCACGCUCGUUACUACCUUGUUAGGCAUGCUCUCUCUGACAUCCAUAUUACACUCGUUUGUUAGUCGACAGUUGGAUACAAAGGGAUGUCGCAUGUCAUAUAUGAGACCUUCAUUUGCGAAGCUCACUGACUUUGAUACGGAGCACACACGUUUUGCAAGCAAAUAUUCCGUUUAUCUCUACCGGGAGGGGAUGGUGGACGAAGACACGAAGGUCAAAGGUGUUCCUGUUCUCUUCAUCCCUGGAAAUGCUGGCAGUUACAAGCAGGUUCGACCUAUCGCCGCGGAGGGGGCGACUUAUUUCCACGAUGUUUUGCGGCAUGACCAGGCUGCAAUUGCCGCAGGAGCUCGAAAUCUAGAUUUCUUCACCGUUGACUUCAACGAGGAUAUCACUGCUUUUCAUGGACAAACAUUGCUAGACCAGGCAGAAUAUUUGAACGAAGCGAUUGCGUACAUAUUGUCAUUGUAUCAUGACCCGCGAAGGUCUGAACGAGACCCUGAUCUUCCGGAUCCUACUUCAGUAAUAAUAUUGGGGCAUUCAAUGGGAGGAAUAGUUGCCAGGACGAUGCUGGUAAUGCCCAAUUACCAGUCGAACUCGAUCAACACGAUUAUUACCAUGUCGGCUCCUCAUGCACGACCACCGGUUUCUUUUGACGCCGAGAUUGUCAGAACAUACAAGCAAAUCAACGACUAUUGGAGGCAGGCAUAUUCGCAGAAGUGGGCGAACAACAAUCCAUUAUGGCAUGUCACAUUGAUAUCAAUAGCAGGAGGGGGUCUCGAUACUGUGGUUCCCUCUGACUACGCGAGUCUGGAAUCACUGGUCCCUGAUACACAUGGCUUCACAGUCUUCACUUCGUCUGUGCCAAACGUCUGGACCGGUAUGGACCACCAGGCCAUUCUCUGGUGUGACCAAUUUCGGAAAGUUGUUGUCCGAUCCCUAUACGACGUAAUCGAUGUCAACAGGCCCGCUCAGACAAAACCAAGGGCAGACCGGAUGAGAGUCUUCAAGAAGUGGUACUUGACCGGGAUGGAAAAUACUGCAGAAAAGACUCUCUCCGAGAAGGAGCCAACAACCCUCCUCACGCUCGAAGAAAAUUCGAACUCGAUCAUUGCCCAGGGAGAAAGACUAACGCUGAGGAAGUUUGGGCAGAAUCACAAGCCUCGUGCCCAUCUUCUACCUAUUCCACCACAAGGAACACCCGGCGGGAAAAGGUUUACUCUUUUGACGGAUCAAAAACUCGACAAGUCAGGCGACUCGGGGAAGUUGGAGGUCCUGUUCUGCAGUGUUUUCCCUCUUCACCCAGGACAAUCAGCAACACUGUUUUCAAUGAGCAUGGACUUAUCCGGAGAUAGUCUAGGGUCUACCAGAUUGGCAUGCAAGAACGCUGCUUCGGAUGUGAUUGUGCUACCAGCCUCAACAAGAACCACCAAGAAACCGUUCUACCUGGAUGAAGAAGAAGAACUUGUGCCAUUUUCUUACCUUCAAUAUGAUUUGGAAGAUAUACUGGACCAUCAGUUUGUUGCCAUUGUCGAUAAAGCGGUUGAUCCUACCCCUGGCUGGGUUAUUGCAGAAUUCAAUGAUAACGUGCGGUCACACCGAGUUCGAUCCCUGAGUCUCCGACGUCUCCUGGCUUUCGGAAUGGGGAUCAAGCUGCCCCCGACCCGGCCAAUGGUUACGGAAGUGAAGAUUCCGUCUUUGCACUCGAGCUUGCUAGCGUACAACCUCGAGAUGGGUGGCCAAACCUGUGGGGAUGAUGCACAACUAUUCACACCUUUACUCCGACAAUAUAUCUCUGAGCCAUACGAGUCGAAGUACUUUGUGAACGUCAAGCAAGCGAGCAUCAACCUUCAUGGCGUCUCACCCUUCAUGCCUCCCGCACUCAAGUACAAGAGUAUUCAGGACGGGUUGAGCCUCCAAUUCUGGACCGACCCUACCUGCAACUCCAGUGUCAAGAUAUCCCUGAAAGUGGAUGUUCCUGGGAGUCUAGGGAAAUUGUAUAUGCGGUACAGGACAGUCUUCGCUGCCUUCCCACUGCUUGUUGUUGCUUUGGUCCUUAGAAAGCAGUUUCGUGUAUAUGACGAGACAGGAAUCUUCAUGUCCUUCUCUGAAAGCUUGGACAUGUGCUUACGACAAUCUUUGCCUCUUGUCCUUGGUGCUCUGACUUGCCUGUCCGUGUCAUUAGCUCAAGCAAGCGCAGUACCCCCUUACUCUUCAUCUACUGGGUUUUGGGGUUGGGGUGGCAACGUAACAGAAACGCAGAUCGACUUCACGAAGAACGAUCUCCUGGUUGGCUCACAAGAUCCUUUCUUUUGGUUCAUGGUGCCGCUUAUUGGACUGGUUUGCGUUGGGGCUUGUGUGCUGGUAAAUUAUGCAGCACUUGCAAUCACACACCUGUUCAGUAUUCUGUACUCGUUCUUGAGCGUUAAACCUGCCUGGCUUCGAAAUGAGGACAAGCGAAGAGCAAUGUCUCCUGCAUUUGCACCAUCAACACCUCGGCGACGUAUCUUGACUACCGCAAUGCUCUUGUUCCUUGUUUCGACUGUCAUACCUUACCAAUUCGCCUACCUGGUUGCAUGUCUUGUCCAAAUAGCCACUUGUGCACGCGCUCUUCGAUUCGCCAGAGAGGCCCGUUCGAACACCAACUACAACUUUUACAACUACGUCCACUCGAUUCUCAUUCUCAUGCUAUGGAUUCUCCCGAUUAAUCUUCCCAUUCUCGUCGUCUGGGUACACAAUCUGGCCGUUCACUGGCUCACCCCAUUUUCUUCUCACCACAAUGUCCUCUCCAUCAUGCCUUUUAUCCUCCUCGUUGAGACCUUGACCAGUGGCAAAAUGGUACCCAGAGUGACAUCUCGCCUUCGCCACUUCACCAGUGUCUUCUUCUUCUGUAUCGCCAUCUAUGCUGCCGUCUAUGGAGUCACGUACGCCUACAUGCUCCAUUACCUCGUCAACUUCGUGGCAGCUUGGCUAGUGGCAAUCCACUCUUCCACUUCCACUUGGACACUGUCUGGCCUUAGCACGAUGUUUGAAGGGGAGAGCACCGACAUACGGAAACGAGGGAAGACACCUUGAACAAAACCCGUCAUCCUGUAGCAUCCACCGAUAUACGAUUGAACGAUUCGAUGCAGCAUUAUCUUCUAAUACACCGCUAGACUUCCAUUCUCUGUCGAAUUCAUUCAUCAUACUUCAUUUACCGG